AUGUCCCGCCUCCCCGCCGCGGUUAUCAAUCGCUUCUGGUUCGGCGCCGCUCGAAGUGACGUGAGCGUGCUGACGAAACCAACCAAGGCGCAAAUGUCCCUGUGGUUUGGAUCCAAGCCUGAGGACGACUCGACGAUAAUUUCUUCGUUCGCAGAGCAUCACAGAGCCACAUCCGAGCAUUACGCGUCGUCCUCUCGCGAUGUCGAUGUCCGCGCGAUUGGUCUCGAACAGGUUAUCUCCGAUAUAAUCACGCUCGAUCAGUUCACGCGAGUGAUUCAUCGAAAGACAGCGCGGGCGUUCGGGGACGACGCUGCGGCGGCGGCGCUCGCCCGGGCGGCGCUGCGGGACGAUAGUUUCAUGCGCGAAGCGUCCGUGCUCGAGCGCAUGUUUGUCGAGAUGCCACUUAUGCACAGCGAAGACGUCGCGGAUCACGUCGCGCUGCUUCGCAUUCGUGGCUUCGAUGAAGACUUCAUCGACGGCGUCGAUCCCGCCGGUGCGUACGAUGACCACGCGGUGCAACACUUCGCCACGAUCAAGCGGUUUGGAAGAUACCCGCACCGAAACAGCGUGCUCGGUAGAGAGGACACUAUGGAGGAGCGCUCGUACCUCGCCCAGGGUGCUCGCACGUACGGUCAAUGA